CAUAGUGUAGUUUUUUGCUACUAUGGUAAAUUAAUUGUAUUAAAUUUGUAAAAUUAUGUAAAACGCGUUUGUUUAUUAAGGAAAAUUGUAUCAGAUUUUUUUGUUAAGCGUAAUGUUCUGUCAUGCAUUCCAUGUCACAUUUUUGGGUCACAGCAGCUGUAGUAGGAGAUUGGCUAAGAAGCUGAUCAUGUGAUUGGACAAGUUUCCAGAUGGCACGACGUAUAAAAGUGCAUGUCCCAUAUGGAGGAGCACCUUUUUUUUGUUUUUGUUUUUUGUUUUUUUUGGAUUCUUCAGAUCGGACUGGACUCUCGAGCCCGCACCCAAACUGAAGGUGAGAUAAGGUCACAGUGAUGAUAUACCAGAAGUGAUAGGAUAUUGGACUGCUGUGUGCAAAGGACCAAACCCAUCGAGUAGAAUUUUAUAUCCUAUUGUCGAAUACUUCAUGUAAGAACGCACCUAGGAAUCAGUUUACUCAGCUUUCAUUCAUUUCAUUGCUUGUGAGGUUAUUUUCUUUGUUAAUCAAACCAAGUGACGACCCAUGUUGGAUGACAAAGAGCAUCGAACUCAGAUAAGAAAUGUACUAAAGUAAAAUGCUUAAUCGGUCUGAUAUAUCAACAUGUAAAUAAUUGUAUAUAUUUGAAAUAAUCAUGUAAUAGUAGUAUUAUCAUUUGACUUAGCAUUACCUAUGUAAGUAGAGGAUAAUAUCAAGACAACUGUAUAGCUGAUAAGAAAUUAGUUGUUUUUAUUGAGCCUAAUUGUUAUUUUGUUUUUUCUUUCAUUAAUAUAAAAUAUUUGUUCCAUCAAUAUGUCUCUUUUAAUUGUGAAGUCCUCAAUUCGUCAUCCCACAAAAAGACUACAUAUAUUUCAAUAUAUCUACUACUAUGCAUAUGUAGCUAGAACUAUUUCUAAGACUAACAGCACAAAACCUUUCUCACUAAUUUCUAGCCUUAUUAACUGGAGUACAAACGUUUUCGGCCUUCUUAAUAGGCCUUCCUCGGGUACACUGUGGAGCGUCGGUUAGAAGAAGUUUAAAUGCUGCCAAUGUUUACCCAGGUGUCGUCUUACCCGUGACGUCUUCGUCGAUGAUAGGUAUACGAUACCGAGGGAGAAAAACUACAUACUUUUGGUAAAGAAGGGAGGUGUGCAGAUAGGAUACUUGCUAAAGUUGGGGAAAAAAGAUUUUAGAGUAAGCGCGCUACGUACAGGAGAUGCACAAUCACCACAGGGGGUUAGUGGGGAGUGACGUCAUAGUUGAGGCCGUAAAUACCUGCAUCUAAGGAAGGCCAUAAACACUUGCAUCUAAGGAACGCGACCAUGCAAUCACCCGAGAUACCAAGGCUAUUCGGCUAUGCUAAAACCCAUAAACCAGGCACGCAAAUCCGGCCGAUUGUUGACAAAUCAAGAUCUCCAACCCUACCUAUUGAGAAGGGUCUACAUGAGCUCCUUAAAGGCCAUUUGAAAGAUUAUAACUACGCCGUUUCGAACACGCGGGAACUCAUCACUAAAUUGCAGAAUAUCGCUCUGAAGGAUCAGGAAUUUAUUACAGUUCUCGACUUUGAAGCUAUGUAUCCUUCCAUUAAAUUGGAACCGUGCUUCUGUGCCCUUAGAGAUUUCCUUUUCCAAGCCUCUCCACCUGGAUACCACAAGCAGGUGUUGGAGCUGGCCCACCUUAUGUGCUACACCUCAUUCUUCACCUUCAACCAACGAAUCUAUCUUCAAGAAAGGGGAGUACCUAUGGGUAGCCCCCUCUCUGGAGACCUCUGCGAAUUAAUUGUAAGAAAACUGGAUAACCAAGUAUUACAGUCCUUCAACGCGGAAAUCGUUCUCUAUACGCGCUAUGUUGAUGACAUUCUUAUCAUUUGGAAGUCCAAGCCGGAUCUGAACACCGUUCUUCAGAUUGUGAACAACAACCCUUUUGGACUUAAGCUUAAAUUAGACCAGCAGGAUGACAGGAUGGCCCACUUCCUGGACCUCAAUAUCCUCUUGGAUCAUGGCUGCAUAGCUACUAGUGUGUUCCAUAAGCCUAAUCUUCAAUCUUUCUUUAUCCCUGCAACCUCGAAUGACCCCUUUACUUACAAAAUGUCCGCUUUCAGGGCUCUUAUCCGCAGAGCUUUUACCCAUUGCUCUAGCAUUAACGACGCGCUACGAGAAAUCCAACGCAUCAAGCGCAUCGCCACAGCCCACGGUUUCAGCAGUAAGUUUAUCGAUAGGCUUGCGCAAAAAACUCAUAGAUGCUUAACAACCGGAGAUGCCACUUCUAAACCUCUAAAGCAACAAGGUAAGCGCAUUACCGUCGAUUUUGACCCUAGAAUGAGCCAGGCCUAUAACUUCAUAGCAAAAAAGGUCAACGCUACUCUCGCAUACAGACGCAACCCUACGAUUUAUAAACUUCUAGCUAACACCAAGGACAAAUGCAGCGAAGCCAGGAGACCAGGAGUCUACACCGUCCCUUUGGAGGACGGCAGAUCUAACCCGUGCAAGAAGCUAACAUACAUUGGCUCAACCAAUAGAUCGCUUAGAAGGAGGAUAACUGAGCACAAGUACGACGCAUACAACAAAAAAUUCACUUCCACCCUUGCCCAGUUUGCAAGCGAACCUGGUAUAACGACCAAAUGGGAAGAGGCGAGGAUUACUAUUCCUAUGCACGACCACACCAAGCUUAGAACAGUCGAAACAAUCGAAAUAUUUAAGCAAUCCCUCAAAGACGGUUGUAUCAACAGCAGAGAUGCGGACUCGCUCUCCUCCGCUUGGAAAUCAUUCUUCGACAACCCCUUGAAAUAAAUAGACCAUCCCACCCUCAACGCGUGCAACCGUUAGCGCUUUUUACUUGUCGCGUUUAUUUCCAAUUCUACCUUAUAAGCGUAACCCCCCCUUCCCAUCCCCUUCUAAUCGUAACACCCCCUUACCAUCCACGGUCGUUCGCACGCCUCUUCUUACGGUAGCGUUGAAUAUUUACGGCCUCAACUAUGACGUCACUCCCCACUAACCCCCUGUGGUGAUUGUGCAUCUCCUGUACGUAGCGCGCUUACUCUAAAAUCUUUUUCCCCAACUUUAGCAAGUAUCCUAUCUGCACACCUCCCUUCUUUACCAAAAGUAUGUAGUUUUUCUCCCUCGGUAUCGUAUACCUAUCAUCGACGAAGACGUCACGGGUAAGACGACACCUGGGUAAACAUUGGCAGCAUUUAAACUUCUUCUAACCGACGCUCCACAGUGUACCCGAGGAAGGCCUAUUAAGAAGGCCGAAAACGUUUGUACUCCAGUUAAUAAGGCUAGAAAUUAGUGAGAAAGGUUUUGUGCUGUUAGUCAAUAUAUCUAAGUCACUAUUAGAUUAUAACUCAUGUUUCAACACUUACAAUUACCAAUCUAAAAAGAAACAUCAAAUUUAAAAUAUAUCAUAUGAUAUGCAUUUUUUAUUUGGAAUAUUUUAUUUUUGUGUUUGUAAAUAUGAAUAGGGUACAUAAUUAUUACUUUUUGCUGCU